AUGCUGUCCUUACUAUAUGAUGAAAGCGGCGACAUUGACUAUACUGAACUCACCCUGUCAUAUAUGUCUUUUUUCACUCUGGAAAAAUUCCAAAACCUUCUCAAUACCACUCAAAAUGGAGCUGCCCAUUCUUCUUCAGGCAUAGAAUUAUCUGUUCUUGUCAAAAAUGUUAUCACUUCUUUAUGCUUUUGUAUUAUUCAAUUAACUUUAUUUUGCUUUUUCAGGACGAUCUUCAAGUUCCUUUAUCAGCCUAGGUGCUGUUGCGUACCGAUCAGUCAAAGAAUGGAACCACUUCCCAAAGGACUUCUAAGUUGGAUUUUACCAACGUUGAAGAAUGAGACCCAUUUUUAUUUAGCAAUGGGACUAGACGCAUAUUUCUUUGUUCGUUUUAUCAGUAUUUUGCUCCUAUUCUUCUUGAGUGUUGGAUUUCUCAACAUGUUUGUCUUGAUUCCCCUUAAUUUAACUGGUAAGGAUUCUCAACAUUCGGCAACUGGUCUAGAUAGGUUGAGUCUCUCUAAUAUAUCUGUCUCCAAAGUGGGCAGACUUAAUGGUCAUUUUGUCAUGAGCUUAUUAACUAUUGUCUGUUUCCAUUGGGUUUUGAUUUAUGAAUUACAAAGUUUUGUCAGGAUAAGACAGGCUUAUCUUCAAUCCAAAAAACACAAGUCACAUCUCAUCCAUAAAACUCUUCUAAUAUCGAAUUUACCAUAUUAUGGAAAAGAUGGAACUCUAUUGAAAACAAUUCUUCUGGUGAUUCCAGGAGGCGUUCAAAGAAUUUGGUAUGUUAAUGAUUUUCAAGGUAUCUGUACAGCAACAAAAAAAGCAAAAGAAGCUUUGCAGUAUCUUGAGCAAGCAGAAAUGAAGUACUUAUGUGCAUAUAUGAAAAAGUAUACCGUGAAUAAUGACAGGAGGAGCAUAGACUACAAUGGAAGCAGAAAGACGUUGAUUCAUAAUCCCACUCUCGCAGAUGAGUCCUUAUACCCUCUAUUUUAUCCACCGAUAUACUUACCAACCUUUAAACUACCUUAUUCUAACACACUUCUUGACUUGAGGCUUCCUUCUUUUCUAAGACUUUUUCUAUUUCAAAAGAGGGUCCACAUGAUAGACUGGUCUUUGCAACAACUCGAAGAGUGUCAAAAAACAAUCGACCACUUCAAAAUCUUACAAGCAGAAGAUAAGUUGCCAAAAUUAGAUAAAGUCUUUGUCCAAUUUGAAUCACAAACAAGUGCUUACAUCGCCCAUCAAUGUUUACUUUCCCAAAUUCAGGGGAAUUUAGAUAUCACUUCGAUUGAGGUUCAUCCUCACGACAUUCUUUGGAGCAACCUACUUCAUGAAAAUUCGACGGUUUCCAUUUUUGAAAAAUAUUUAGUGGUCAUCUUAUCAACUUUAAUAAUUAUCCUUUAUGUUGUACCGGUAUCUUUUAUAGGAUUAAUUUCUCAACUUCCCCUACUAACUCAAUUGAUUCCAUCAAUGAGAUGGAUCUAUCGUCUUCCGGAAGAGAUUAGAGAUUCAAUAUCGAGUUUUCUUCCUGCAGUUCUUCUCUCCAUUCUCACUGAUAUAUUAUUAAUAACUUUCAGAUGUCUUACUUACUACAAGCGGAAACUCACUGGGGCACAAUUAGAGAUUGAUUUGCAAAAAUGGUAUUUUGCCUUCUUAUUUGUACAACAGUUCUUAGUAGUGACUAUUCUGACUAGUAUUAUAGUCGUAUUCAAACAAAUUGUGGAACAGCCAACUUCGAUACCAAUACUUUUGGCUGCAAAUCUUCCCAAAGCUGCGACUUUUUUUUUUCAGUAUAUCUCUUUGAAAGCAUUUGCAUUUUGUGGAAAUAAGUUUUUAAGACUAGAUGAGCUCUUUCUACAUUUUACUUGGUAUAAAAUCAAAGAUAUCACUCCCAGACAACGUUUUUAUAGACUCAUAACAUUACCAAGGGUGAAUUGGGGCUCAGUGUAUCCAGUGUUUUCAGUUUACGGUUCUAUUGGUUUAGCUUAUUGUUUGAUCUCUCCUUUAAUAUCGGUAUUUAUUACAUUUAUACUUUCGCUAGCAUUGCUCUACUAUAAGUACAGCUUGAAAUAUAUCUACAACCAUAUAAAUAUUUCAGAAACCUAUGGGAGACUUUAUCCAAUAGCUUUAUUUAAUCUUUAUACUGGAAUAUAUUGCUUAGAGUUUUGCUUAAUUGGGAUAUUCUUUUCACUGAAGAAUAAUCAAGGUAUUUGUCCAAUGAAGAUUCAAGGUACAAUCAUGCUGAUAGUUUUACUCUUAACUAUAUUCGGUAAUAUUUCCAUCUAUCAACGAUAUGUGAAUCAUUUUUCAUAUUUACCUAUUCUAUCGGAUAAAGAUCCUUCAGAAUUAGACCCAGGCUCUAGGUUCCGGUCGCCGAAAGAAAACGCAGACGAACUCUCAUUGAAUAGCAAUAGUUUUUACCUGAAUCAAGCUAUGUUUUACUCACAUCCAUCUUUCAAGUAUGAGAAACCAAAGAUAUGGUUACCUAAAGAUCACUUAUCCGAAAGCGACCGAGAAAUCAAGAGAUUAAUCGAGAAAAGCUCUGUGCUUCAAGGAGGUUCAACUAAAGGAGCCAAGAUAGAGGUACUUGAAAAGUUCAAAAAAUUUCGUUUAUCAGUCACAGAAGCUGCUCCUGAUUAUAAAUAG